GGCGCUCCAUGAGCCGCCGCCGCCGCGGGGGGGCUCGGCGCUGCGCUCGCUCCCCGCCGCCGGUGCCGGGAUGUGACUUGCGGCGGGCUGGCGGACAGAGCUGCAACAGCCAGCAGACAGAAAAAUGAAAACCUACCGAGCCAUUGGGUUCUUCCUCCUCUUCGUGAUCAGCUAUGGCUCUUCUGAAAACUCAAGUACGUCUCGAGGAUGUGGACUGGAUCUUCUCCCUCAGUAUGUUUACCUGUGUGACCUGGAUGCCAUCUGGGGAAUAGUGGUGGAGGCAGUUGCAGGGGCAGGUGUGCUGACCACGCUACUGCUGAUGCUGAUUUUGCUGGUGAGGCUACCCUUCAUCAAGGACAAAGAGAAGAAGAGCCCCCUGGGAAUGCACUUCCUCUUUCUUUUUGGGACUCUAGGACUGUUUGGGCUGACGUUUGCUUUCAUCAUACAAGAAGAUGAAAUGGUUUGCUCUACCCGAAGAUUUCUGUGGGGAGUUAUCUUUGCUUUGUGCUUCUCAUGCUUGCUAGCUCAAGCCUGGAGACUUCGUAGACUAGUUCGCCAUGGGAAGAGUCCAUCUGGCUGGCAUCUAGCUGGUGUGGCAAUCUGCCUGAUGCUCGUUCAGGUUAUUAUUGCAACUGAGUGGUUAAUACUGACAGUUGUCAGAGAUAACAAGUUGGCCUGCAGCUACGAACCAAUGGAUUUUGCUAUGGCUUUGAUUUACGUUAUGUUCCUGAUGGUAUUUACCAUGGGAUUUUCUCUUUUCACUCUCUGUGGGAAGUUUAAGAAAUGGAAGAAAAACGGAGUAUGCCUCAUUAUAACACUUUUUUUUUCCAUUCUGAUUUGGGUAGCCUGGAUGACUAUGUACCUCUUUGGUAAUGCUGAGCUAAAGAGAAGAGACAAAUGGAGUGAUCCCACUCUUGCUAUUGCACUGGUGUCCAGUGGUUGGGUGUUUGUUAUUUUUCACGCCAUCCCAGAGGUUCACUGUACCAUCCUUCCAUCACAGCAGGAAAACACUCCCAAUUAUUUUGAUACUUCGCAGCCAAGGAUGCGUGAAACUGCUUUUGAGGAAGAUAUACAGCUUCCUCGGAGCUACAUGGAAAAUAAAGCCUUUUCAAUGGAUGAACAUAAUGCAGCACUAAGAACAGCAGGAUUUCGAAACGGCAGUUUGGGAAGCCGACCUAGUGCUCCUUUUAGAAGCAAUGUUUAUCAGCCAACUGAGAUGGCAGUUGUGCUAAAUGGUGGGACUAUACCAACUGCUCCGCCAAGUUACACUGGACGACACCUCUGGUGAAAGGCUGUAGGCUGUAGAGAGUAAGAAUCCUUAUUGCAGAUGUUGUUCCCUGGCAAUGUGUCUUUGAGGGAGGAAUCCAUAACAGUACCAGAACAAAGCAACAAACCAUCCAGGAUCUUUCGAAAUCCUACAGAGGAUUUUGUCUAAAUGUGAACACCAUUGAACUAAUAAGAUAACUGCAAAAACAAAGUUGGAAAACUGAAGCUGAGUCUAAUUUAAAAUAGCAGUAGGCACACCUGAAAUUGGAAGAGAGGGAUAUUGCAUUCUGAAAUGUAUGAUAUUCUCUUGUCCGCAACUAGUGUGUGAGGCAAGCCUGCUUUUGCUGGUUGCCAGUUGCUUGCAAGAUACCCUCCUCUCACCUAAACUUAGGUCAUGUUGCCACAAGAGAUUGCCACUACAGCAUGAAAACAUGCCAGAUUUCUUUCCAUUUUGCUCCUUUUCCCUUCAUUUCAAAUGACAUGAGAAGUAUCUUGUUUGCUUCAUUAUCUAGCUGUACUGUACAGUCACGUAGCAUCAUGUGUGUGGAUAAGCAUUGUCACUCUGUGGCAACUAAAUUACCAUUACACUGUAGGCUGAUACUCUUUAAAAAGCUGGUGUAGGAAAUGCAGUUCUGGAGGGAUGAAAGGUCUAUGUAUGUUUCAAGCAAGUUAUGGAGCUUCUUGAGGCAGAGAGAAAAAGCAUAGGUCUAGCACAGAGGCAGCUCUCCUUGACCACAAGGGACAGAUUCCCAGUUGUUCCAGCCUCAACCCUGGGUGCAAGGAAAGAGUCGCACACUCUCAUGUCUCCUACAGACGAAGCCAUGAAGCGUAACUAUGGAAGGAUGUACUCUUGCAAAGACUUAGCUGAGGACAGAAUGUGUGGCUUGAGUUUUCCAGGAGUUCAUUGUGAUGGUGGAUUAAGGGCAACCCACUCUACUGCCCAAGCAAGCCUGUUCUGGGUGUUGAUGGUACCAAGCAGGACACCAGUGGCAGCUAAGAAGCACUGACCACCUUUCAGGAGAAACUCAGCAGCAGAUAGGGUCAAGACCUUCCUUUCUAAUCCCUGUUCGUACGAGUAGUCCCCUUGACUGCAGCUGUUUGUGCAUUUCAAUGUGGUUGUGCAUUUUAGUGCCUAGCUAAUAGAAUCUCCGUGCUGGAGGUGGUUUGUUGUUGUUUUUGUUUUUUUUUUUUAAGAUGGUUUCUUCCCUACUCCUCCUUCCCUCCACCUUUCUGGGUUGAUAGAAGGCAGACUUUCUCAAAGCUUUUUAUCUUUGCUUUUUUCCAGGUUAUUUAAAAGGUUCCCAUUGCCCAUUGUUUGUGCCAUGGUUUUCAUUAUGUUUAAGCAAUCAUUCCUUUAUUUAACAUCUAAUGCAUAUCGGACAUUAAAAACAUCGUUGUAUCCUCACUGUUUGGCCAAUGUUAACCCUAGCUUUCCUUGAUACUAAAAGCUAAUUGUUUUUACUUGAGGGCAUAGGAAACAUAUAACAAUUAAACUUUGCAUAUGCUGUAAUAAAAAUAUAUAUUUUCAAACUAAAAAAAUGUAAUGUACAAAUAACUGAAUAACUUGGUAGCUUCACAGACAGAAGUUACUUGCUGUAUACUGCAAAAGAAAGACAAGCUUUUUAUUUUUCAAGCGUCUUCCUGAUUCUUCAUGUACCUCCAUUCCUACUGAAUUAGGAACCUAGUCCUGCAGACUUGUACUCCCACCAGUAGUCCCAUCAACACCAGUAGGUCUACAUACAGGUAUGGAGGCUGCAAGACCAGUCCCUAAGUGUUGCACACAGAUAUAGAUGUAUAUAUAUAUAGAGAGAAAAAAAUAUAUAUUGCCAUUCUUGCCAUGAUCAUCUUAUGGUGUUUUAUUUCAAAGCCCUUCUGUUCCAGAAGCAAAGUUUUUCUGUCAUGCAUGAGUAAAGGAGUAUGUUAACUCCCCCCUGCCCUUCUCGCCUCGAGGCAAAGGAAGCAUGUGCUUGGUUUUGGGAUUGCUUAUUUUAUUUUGUAAGUAACUAGAUGGCCUUAGCAACCAAGUAGGGUAGGGGUGGAUAUUGCAUGCUAUCCAGUGACUUAGAAAUACAUUUUGCUUGCCUUAAGCAAAACUUUGAUCAAAUAAGAUAGUAUUUAAAAUAAUAAGUUACCCAGAAGAUGCAUCAUUUGGAACAACAAAAAAUCUAUUACCAUCAAUUGCCUGCAGAAAUUUGCUUUUAGAAAACAAAU